AUGUCAGAGCCAGUUCCGGAGCUCAGCCUCCCCGCCAAGAAGAAGGGCAAGAAGAAGCGCAAGACCGGCUCGGCGGCCGCAACGCCUGCCGCAGACGAGGCGGAUACCGCUGGUAACGAUGCCAUGCCCUCGCUCGGUCUUCCGUCCAAGCGUAAGAAGCGCCGGAAGAAGAAGCCGAGCGCAGACUCGGAGGCUGCCGACGGCGCCGACAACGGCGCCGACGACGGCGCUGCUGGCGGCGACAAGGACCAGGGCACCUUUGUGGCGGCGACCGGCGAGGAGUACGAGUACGGCACUCUGCUCUCACGCGCCUUUGCCACCAUGCGCAAGCUCAACCCGAACAUCGAGUCUGGUAACAAGCAGCUCCAGCUCGAGGCGCCCGUCCUCAUGCGUGUCGGCACCAAGAAGACCGGCUUUGUCAACAUGCUCUCCAUCUGCGAGUCCAUCAACCGCUCGCCGCAGCACGUCCUCUCGUUCAUGCUCGCCGAGCUGGGUACCACCGGUACCUUCUCCGGCAACGGCCGCCUCACCAUCAAGGGCCGCUUCCAGGUCAAGCACAUCGAGAACGUGCUCCGCCGCUACAUCACCACCUACGUCCUCUGCUUUAACUGCAAGUCGUCCAACACUCAGCUCGCCAAGGAGCAGCGCCUGACCAUGAUCGAGUGUGGCUCGUGUCAGUCCCGCCGCGCCGUCUCCACCAUUUCCUCCGGUUUCCAAGCACAGGUCGGCCGUCGCCGCAAGCGCUGA